GCAAACGCCCAUACUGGAAAGUCCGCUUCUCCACUCUUCGUUUCCGACUGCGGCCCUGCUCCCUGAAGAAUCUCAGUCACUCAGUCGCAGCACACGGCGGUGACUGCCUGCGUCCGGCAGUCGAACCUGACUGGAAAAUUCCAACGCCGGGCUGCGUGGUUCGAGUCCGCCGCCGCGAUUCAUCCGGCGAAAAUCCGAGUCAAACCUGGAAAACUUGUCAGUUUUCGUCGAGAAACAGGGAGGCGUGUGCGAGCGGACGCGUGUCUGUCGACGCCUUUGCGAGGAAAAUUCACUGAGUAACGCCAAACAGAAUCCCGAAGCAACUUCGGGUUUGAAUUUGCGGAGUUUCGAGAGGAACGCAACGUUCGUUCCUCGCUUGUCAGCUCGAGAAAGAAGCGCGACGACGGCCGGCGAAAGCGGGAGGAAAUCCCCUGCUCCGUUUCUUUUGCACACGCUUCGGUUCGGUGGUGCAACGAAACGGUGACUCCGUCCACAAUCCUAGGACAAGUGUCAUUUUCGCGAAGCCCACGAGUUGGGGAUGCCUCGAAAGAAAGUAACAACUCUGCACGCAAACUCUCUCUCCGUCGUUUCGAGUGGAACACCACAAUUCUGACCGCUGCGCGAAAUACUUCGACUCCCCUGUGCCACGAAGUCUCCGGUGUACGUACACCUGGGAGGUCGCCCCGCAUCGCUUCCGGUCGUUUGCUCCGCACAAGCCUCUGCGCCUGCCAUAUUUUCCGCCGUGUUUCUCCGCGUCUUCUCCGUUUCUUCUUCUCUGCCUCCACCAUGGCUGCUGCCGUGAGCGCUCCCGACUCGGCUGGAUUCGCCAGCGCGUACUUGGACGCCCCCGUCGCCGGCGAGAAGCUCGCGAAGCCCGGAGAAAACGAGAGCUUCUACUCUCAGAGCGAGGCUCGCUCGUCGCGUCCCUCGAUAUCCGCCUCCGACCGCGUCUCCGCAGGGCCGCAAACCCUCGGAAAUCCUCUGUACUCGGCUGCUUACCUCCCAGGUUGCAGACCUGAAGUCGUUGCGGCGGCAGGAGAAGCGCAUUCUUCGGAGGAGGCGAAGACGGAUCUCCAAAACGUCUCCGUCACCGCCUUUGAAAUGGCAGACAAACUGGCGACGAACAUAUACGAAUUGCCCCACCAACUGCGCGAAGGAGCUAACGUGAUUCAAGAACGUACACACUCAACCGCUCUCCAAAUCGUGCACCGUUUCGGAGUGGAGGCUUUGGUUCUUGUGGCCUAUAGCUUCCUCGGCAUCGCGACGAUGAUUGGAGUGACGUUCGCUGUUCACUCAAAGGGAUACUUCAAGGGCAUCCCCCACGGUUUCCUCAGCUGGAACUCUUUCGUCGCGAAGAGCAUCGUCACGGGGAUUCUCUAUGGCGUCUUCUCGCGCUUCCUCCGCCACAGCUUCUCGUACUGGGACAAGCGCAUCGAAGCCCACUACGAGGCCGGCUCCUCUCCGGAGGUGAUCGACAACAUGCGGCAGAUCUUUUCCUUCCUGCUCUCGCUGGGCGGCUUCGAGGCCUGCACCUGCCUGUUUAUUGUGCAGCUCUUCGGAUCUUUCAGCUUCUGCGCUUUCCUCUUCGUCGUCCCCGUCGCCACUCUGCUGAGAACAGUGGCCCGAGCGCUGCUUCUCGACUAUGUGCGCAACGAGGGCGUCUCUCUCGCGACUCUCUCGGCGCUGUACACCAGACAGCGCCUCUUGGGAGAAGCUGGGGAGGCAGCGGAGCCUCAGACGCAUGCAGACAGGCGCCAGAGUGGUUUCUUGACGAAGGCGGCGCUCUGCAUGCUCGAGGGACCUCUGAGCUUCUUCGGCCCUUGCGAACUCUACGACGAAGACCGCGCUUCGCUCGACGUCGGAGCUUCUUCGCUGCACUCUUCGCUGUUGGCGCCUAACAACGAAGCCGACUCGCACUCUUCGUCUCGCGUCGCGGGUGUGGCGACUAGCUUGCGCCAAAUUUCCUUCCGCGUCUCCCAGGCUGCAUGCCACACCGUCGACGGCUUCCUCACCUUUGAGUUGUGCGCCGUCCUCUCGCUGCUGAUGUUCCAGUUCAGCCUCGCGCGGUUCUUCCUCCAGAACGCGCUGGUCUUCGCCGUUGCAUGCGUGCUGGCCUCCCGGGCCGCGGAGCUCAUCGACUGCUUCCUCCCCAGCUGGGGAGCCUGCCAGGUGGGGCGCAGAACCUCCCGAAACUUCCUGGAAGAAGAGCGAGAGGCGGACGCGCUGGAGCAAGGAACGAGACACGCAUGCAGUGCCGGCACUCAGGAGAACGUGAAGAGCGGAGAGGGGUCGCUCUCCUUCUCGCCGGCGACGACGAAGACUGCGGGCGUCGACGAGGAGCGAGAAGCUUCCUUCUCGUCCUACUACCAGAUCCCUGCGGGAGAAGGCGCGAGAGCAGAGAGAGCGCAUGGAGAGAACGACGCGCACAGCCGCGACAGAUUCUUCUACCGGGAGACGGACGAAGCAGACAGAGAUAGCGCGUUCGACGAGCUCCGGAGCGAAGAAGACAGCGAGCCGAGAAAAGCCGGACGCCAACAGAUGGUCGACGAGGCAGAAACGGGCGUCGCGUCCUCGUGGCUGAACAUGAUCCUCGCUGCGGCGAAGCCGACCGGAGAAGAAGGAGAUGAAGAGGAAGACGGAGAAGAAGAUGGAGAUGCAGAAGAGGACUGAGCUUCUUAAGUGUGUGGGGAGAAACAGUGCCGGGCGCGCAUCUUGCUGGGCGUUUCCGUCCAUCGAAUUCGCAGACAUCACGGCAAUCCAAAAGAGAGAGAACACCCGAGAAGUCUCCAUCGAAGGGGAAGACUGCAGAGAGGAGAAAACGAAAAACAACCCCCACAUGUGGACGUCGGGCAUGGGGCCUGUCGUGGGUCUGGAGAAGGCGAUGCUGCGCGGCCGCUGUGCGAGGCACUUUGUUUUUUUAUUCUUCGUUCAGCUACAGGGGCAGCGGCGGCGUGUCGUACUCCGGGUGAACAGAGAGCGGAAGACGCGAAGCCGACGCGCUGCCGAACGAGAAGCUGGCGAUGCACGGGAGGUGUACAUACACCUCGCAGGCAAAGACCCGAAGGCGGACGAGCUCCGACGGCGGAGCAAUGUAGGCAAGGUUGCUUCCUCAGAGAAGCGGAAAGACAAAUGUGAGAUUUUCGAGCGAAGAAGGGCAAAACCUGUGUGGAAUGCGCCGAAGGAGACUGCGAAACGAAGCCCAGAGGACGGACGUGAUAUAGAGGACGACUCUCGCUGUGGACGGAGGAAAGUAAAUCUCGUCAGCAGAGGUUUCUCUGCCGGUUUCGGAAAGGGACGAUCCACUCGAGAAGGACACAGUGACAGAGGAAGAAAUGAAAGACAGCCGCCAUACCAUAACCGCCUGGCGUCUGGGGUGUCUAUAUACACUCCAGACCGAGGGGGGCUUCGGAUGUACAGACAUCGCCGGCUUGAGAUGCGCAGCGCGUUGUGUGUGCGUCGGGGCUUCGUUUCAACUGAAACGAGGGUGCCGAGGAACGCAUUCGUCGAGCAGCUUUUCGUUCAUUCGAAGAGAAAUCGACGGCGUGCCAUGGCGUAGCAGAAGAGUCUGCGGACCGAGGAGGCAGAGACUUUCUCGGCGACUCGGGACCUGCCGGCUUUUUCUUUGGACUUGCAAAGAAACAGAGCGCAGGGAGAAGACGUGGAAAGUGACCAGUUAACGCAACUUUGCGGGAGAGACAAGGAAGUGGAGAGACACCUAACAAAAAGACCAGAGGUGUGAGGAGCAGCCCCGCGAAGACGCAGUGGAGAAAGUCUCUGGACGUCCCGGUGUACAGCGAAGAUUCGAGAACUGAAGACAGUGUGUGAGGCCGUCCAUGUCCCGGGCUCAGGCUUAUAUCGCCAGUCGACAGCGUGCGUCAAGUUCCUACCUUUCUCGCGUUUUUAUUAUGCCCCCCCCUCCCCCCCAGAACGAAAAGCUUCCUGUUUGAGCAAUUUUGGAGACUCCCCCGUCCACAGUGUACAGUUCACCUCGCAUGGUAUGGGGUAGGCGCACCUGAAUUUUCGGGUGUGUACCUCCUUCAGCCGAACUGGGUGACCGUCCUUGAGGUGUGUCUCGCGCAUGUCUCGUGCUGCGUGUGACGCGCCUGGAUCGCUGCCUGGUAUUCAUCUUUUCCUGUUUUUUCGCAUGUCUGGCGCGUCCCGGCGACGUCGUCCUCCCGGUGUGAGACCCGGUGUCUCCUCCAGCCUAGGGGGGAGGGGAGGGGAGAAAUGACUACCCAAAUCCUCCCCUUCAGUGUCGCGGCGUGUAGGAUCUGUACAGUUCGUGACCGGGUGUCCGAUGGGAGGUCCGAAAAAGGCAGACAGGAGAAGACCGCAAAAGGACGCGUGGGCGACUUCCAAUGCACGCGCCUGCGCGGGAGUCUGUUUCUCUGCUGUUUCUCGUUUUUCUCGUUGAGAGAGAGCGCACAAUGCAGCUGAAAAGCAGCAGCGUGUUCAGAGGGGAUCGUAGGAAUUGAGGCAUUGUCGAUUUCUGCCGCGUUCCUUCGAGUUUUUUCAGACCACUUUGUUUCAACGCUAUGUACAAUACUCCCCGUUUGUUUCUGUGGAGGCGACGCAUGCGCUCGCACCUUCUUUGUGGCAGUAUAGACGCGAGACGUCGCAGAAAAAUAUUCCUUUGUAGUAAAAGAACCGCCGUCCCUGCAGAAGACAAGCGC